AUGGCAUCGUCCGGAUCUCCAAACUUCACUCCUGGCGAGUCAUCCGCCUCUGGUUCUUCUUCUGCGAUUCCUGCGCUCGCUUCAGCCUCUGGCCCAGUCGACGCUGAUGGGAUCUCACCAAUUCCUCCGACGGAGCCUCAACCGGCUCCUCUGCCAGAAAAUCCAUCGGCCGAGACGACCGAGGAAGGCCAUGUUUUCGUUGUACGCAUGAAUGACCCUGACCUGAAUAUUCAUCACCUGAACCAAUUCGACUGGCUUCGACGUGACAGGGUCAUCAUUCAGUUUGACCCCUCUUUUGAUUCACCCAACCCUGACAGGACUCACAUGAUGGACUGGGACAAUCGCCAUGUCUGUAUGAUCCCCUUGGUGCGGCGUGGAGUGAAUAUCGGAGAAGCACUAGAAUAUAUUCUCGGGGCCUUUGUCGAUUCUGGUCGUCUUGCUAUCAAGCUGAAAUACAAAGCCAUACCAGUCUGGCGCCUUGACCAAGUCGCUGCACUCCUCGCUGCCUUUCACUGGAUAAACCCAGAAUCGGUACAGAGAAACAUGCUCGGCAACCGUCUCUUCUGGCCCUACGUCUGCCUGCCCAAGAUUGCAGUGAGAUUGAAUGGCACCUGGGAAGAAUCCUUGCAAAGUCAGACCACGACGGAAUUGGCACCCAUGGAGAUCAGGGAAUCGGUCUGGAAUCGCUGCCACAGCCUCUUGCAAGAGGCAUAUGCUACCGGUCGUGUCCCGGAAAUCCCAUACGGAGCCGAAACAAGCUGGGAAUGUCUACCUCUCCAAUUGUUGAAGGAGGUCUACGUAGUCGAUGAACUUCAUAGUACAGACUGGCAACGCCAAUAUGUGACGCCUGUGGACGAACUUCCAUCACGUCCACCUUAUGUCGAGAUCAAUGAUGGAGCCGAUAUGACGAUCCCCGAGAGCGAUUCAGAGCACAUGUACAUGGUCCCUCCUCCUGACGUCAACCUGGGAGAGUGA